GUGACGUCGCGCCGCAACCUCGCGGUGCUUCCUCCCCGCGGCGGCGAGGGGACGGGGCGCGGCCGGGGAGAUCUCGCGAGGCGUGCCGGCGGAAGUCUCGCGAGAGGCGGCGCGGUGGAGGUCGUUGGAGUCGCCGCAGCCGCCGCCGCCGCCGCCGCCGCCGCCAUGCUGCCCCGCCUCGCCCGCCCCGCCGCCGCCGCCGCCGCCCUGCGCCGAGGGCUGGCCACCUCCGGGCCGAACAACGCCAAGGUGGCAGUGCUGGGGGCGUCGGGAGGGAUUGGCCAGCCUCUGUCCCUCCUCCUGAAGAACAGCCCGCUGGUGAGCAGGCUCAGCCUCUACGACAUCGCUCACACCCCCGGCGUCGCAGCUGACCUCAGCCACAUUGAGACGAGAGCGACCGUCAAAGGCUUCCUGGGACCCGAGCAGUUGCCAGAAUGUUUGAAGGGCUGCGAUGUUGUAGUUAUUCCUGCCGGAGUCCCCGAAAGCCAGGUAUGACCCGCGAUGACCUGUUCAACACCAACGCUAGCAUUGUUGCUACUUUGACAUCUGCCUGUGCGAAGCACUGUCCAGAAGCCAUGAUCUGUAUUAUCUCUAACCCGGUAAAUUCAACCAUCCCAAUAACUUCAGAAGUCUUCAAGAAGCACGGUGUGUACAAUCCUAACAGAAUCUUCGGUGUUACAACACUGGACAUUGUCAGAGCGAAUACCUUUGUGGCUGAACUGAAGGGUUUAGAUCCAGCUCGAGUAAGUGUUCCAGUCAUUGGUGGCCAUGCGGGGAAGACCAUCAUCCCUCUGAUCUCUCAGUGCACACCAAAAGUGGACUUCCCUCAGGAUCAGCUGGAAAAGCUUACAGGGAGGAUUCAAGAAGCUGGCACUGAAGUUGUUAAGGCUAAAGCAGGAGCAGGAUCUGCUACCUUGUCUAUGGCCUACGCUGGAGCUCGCUUUGUGUUCUCCCUGGUGGAUGCCAUGAACGGAAAGGAAGGGGUUAUCGAAUGUUCCUUUGUGCGAUCAGAAGAGACAGAGAGCCCCUACUUCUCUACACCUCUGCUGCUGGGAAAAAAUGGCAUUGAGAAGAACUUGGGUAUCGGCAAGAUCACCCCCUUUGAAGAGAAGAUGGUUGCUGAGGCCAUGUCGGAGCUGAAGGCUUCUAUUAAGAAAGGAGAAGAUUUUGCAAAGAACUUCAAGUGAAGAGCUGAUGAUGGAAAGGAAUUCCAACUUCCUUAAUUUAUUAAGGCAUCAUGUCACUUUACAACUUCUGAUUCAAAGCUCAGGUUUUGACUGAAGUCUGUCUGUACCAGUUUAAUGAUUGUUGUCAAAGCAGAGUCUAAUCAUCAAUAAAAUGGCCUCAUUUUUUUCAGCGUA